CUGCAGUUGUACCGCCUUGUACUAGUCUACAAUAUUUUUAAAUAUAUAUGGAUGGUUUAUUCUUAAGUAGCAACUUUCAAUGUAUUAGCCGUUGCAAGUUAGUACGAAUAGCCUGAGAGCCUAGUGGUUUAAGGUAUUGGUACCGAGCUGGAGGCAUUGGUUGUCCGACCAAAAACGUGAGGGUGGAGCUAAAAUGUAGACCAAAAUCGGUUCUAAAAAUUGGUUCUAAAUUAAGGUAUUUUAGAAUAGUAAACACUACUGAGCUGGCUACCAAGCAAUUGGGCCCGUGUUCAAUUAAAGGGAGAACCAACCCAGAAUUGCAUUUCUGGACGAACCGGCGUGGCUUUCAUUGGGGGCUUUCUAGGAACUACAAUUUCUGUCUCUUCACAAUACAAUAACACUACAAUAAUCUGUCAGAGGAGCAAGCCGUUAAUCCUUGCACAUGAGUGUCAAUGUCAGGGCAAGUAAAGAUCCCACACAGGUGUCGAGCAUGGACCCGACAAAAAUACCGGACGCCGGCCGAGUAAUGAUUCAAUGAUUUAUAUUAAAUCAGGGGCGUGGCCAAGGAGUCCGGAUCCCCAUGUGACAUGUUUUAUCACUCUAUCAGCGGGCAUAAACGGUCAGUGCCGCCCUUCAAAAUUUCACCACGAUCACAACUAUAAAUCCUUUCAAGAGCUAUCUAUCUGUCAAUAGCUCUGUCCGCGGGGGCACCCUUAUCUGAGAGCCAAGAGCCAAGACUCUGAUAAAGAGCCAAGUAUCGCAAGGACAGCCAUGAGCCAAAAAAAAGUAUAGGCUAAUGAAUACAAUUAUUUUCUAUGGGAAUCCUAAGCCUACAGGACAGGUACCCUACUUAAAGGCCAUGACUCAUGCUUUUAUGAUUGCAUGACAUCCUCAUGACAUGACAUCCUCAUACAAAUCCUCAAACACUGGACUUAAAGCUCCGCAUUAAAUCAAGUUUGAUCAAAAUUGAAGAAUCCAGUCCAAAGAUAUAGCAAAUUAACGGCUUUGUUUACAUGUUAUGUAACAGCCUUGGUAAGGUUUCUAAGUAAAGUCAGGCGGCAGGUUUACUGACAUAGAUCAGGCUGACGUUGGAUUUCUUACUAUAAAUAGUAUAAAUUUGUCUGUAUUACCUUACCUUAUUAUAAGGUAUAUCGAAGCUUUAAAUUAGAAAUACAUUAUGAUAGUAUAAGUAUUGUAUAAAUUGAUGUAUUUGAUGCAAUUUUCUGUAAAAAGAAUCGAAUUUGAAAAAUCACAUAAGUUCUAUAAAUUUGCCUAAAUUGUCUAGAAAACCUAAUUGGACCAUAUUUGUGGGGUCUAUGUUUUUUUUGGCAUUGAUUUUGUUUCCCCACUUCAUGAAUUAGCUCAAAUAACACUUUCUAGAUGUGAGAGUUGACUUCUAAAAUAAAUAUAACCGGUUUUCCAAAAAAAUUAAAAUAUCUAAUUAAAAUAUUUUUUGGAAUACAAUAAACUCAUUUAUUAUGGGCAAAGGUAUGCUUUCAUACUUGAACAUUGAAAAUGUCAAUGAAAAACAGACUUCAUAUAUCAAUUUUAAGAGCAUUAAUUUAUAUGUGUCCUCCCAAGUAGGGCAAUAUCCUGAUCUACAUCACAAUUUUGGUGAACCCGCCGCCUGGCUCUAACAAGCCAGUUGCUAGCCUGAUUAGGUGAUCUAGUUGUCAAACACGUGAAAGGCUAUAUCUUCAAAAUGGAUGGAGCAAAUUGCAUGGGGUUUUCUGUAUUAUAUAAAUUGUUAGGUGCACUUUUGAAAACGUCUUACAGCAGGAAACGGCAAAAUACCUGGAGUUAUGGCCUUUAAAGAUACAUUUUUGUAACAGUUUAUUACGUUGUAAGACAUCGCCGCCUGUAUUGCGGUAUUGUCGGCAUUUUACCAAACUGGAUUUUUCUAUCGUACUAUCGUUGCGCCGUGUAUUAAAUACCAGUACCCUUUACAUUGCAAUGUACAUUGUUCCUGCACUUCAUACACUGCGAACAGUCACACGAGUUUGUCAUUCCUGCCGUAUAGCCUUGUGCAAAUAGUUGAAUCAAAAUUGUUUUAAAAAGGCAUGAUAUUGCUCAAAUUGGUAAAUUCUUGAAAUCAGCCAAUUCAAGCAAUAAGAGUAGGAUCGACUCAUCACACUACUAUCACUGCGCAAUAAGGAGUAUGCGUUCAUUCUUCUUCAUUCUCCAAAGCACCGAUAAUAUUUACGCGUAUUGUAUGACCGCGUCUUAUCACUCUACUAUCGCUGCGCCGGUCUUGAGUAUGAUUCUUCAUUAUGUGAUACACUAUUACUACUCUGCCUAUCUGUCCUGUAAAAAAACGGUAAUCGUGGCUCUUGGCUCGCAGAUAAGGGUGUCCCCUGUCCACGUGACUGGAAAACUUCUGUUAAUAAAUUCAGACUGUUACGCCCCACUCGGUAAAAAAGUGCUGAAUUUACUCUCCACGACCUUAUAAUACAUGUGGGAUAUUUUACUUGCCCCGGCUUAAUAGACGCUCGGGUGCAAGGGAUGACGGCUUUCUGGCCACGCCUCUGGAAGAUUUACCCGUACACUAGUAAGGUUAGGUACAAAUUAAGCAUUAUUGUAUCUGGAAUAUAAAGCACUCUUUGUGACCGGCCUUUUAAAAUCUUUGCCGGCAUUUUCAGUUGAGCAAGAUUCUGGCUUCCAUCCAAGCCAGAUGAUCUUUUCAUAAGGCAAAGACAGUAACAACAAUGGACGGUAGUGGAACCCAUUUCGAAGAGACUGUCGGAAACUGGAACACGAUAUUCGAUGACGUGGACGCAGAAUUUGAUGUCGUGAUACGCAGUGAGAGGGGCCCGGGAAAGUUCUACGACAACACGUCACCUGAUGAAAACCCGGAAGCUGUUUUGGAUAUCCUAGCGGCUGGCAACUUCCUUGAACCGCAUCUCCGCCCGAAGAGCCCGGAUGUCGCUGAUUUCGGAGACGCUCAGAGCGAGGCUGAGAACCUGCAGAUUGAUGACAGUAUAUCCGAGUGUUUCGGCACCACAACGAAGGUACGUAAGAAUCGUCGAGUUUCACGCACUAAAGAACAGCAUCAUACAGAAAGGCUGCGAAAGACUUCCCGAGACCAGUCGAUAGGUGGCGCUCCCUCAAACCCGCCUCCAGGAGACUUCAACAAGGCUGCAAAGACAAUUAUACGAGACUGUGAACGCAUUCAAAAGGAUUACGACAGUAAUGGUCAGAAGAAACGUGCCAAACACAAGGGCGAAAACAGAGGAUUUGGAAAAAAUGUCAACCCUUCGGUACAGCAGUGUGACAUAGCUCUUGAAUCAGCGUCGCCUACGACCGGAUUUCGAACCAACGGAACACGUGCUUCUGUAGGUAAAGUAUCUAGCGAACUCGAUAAAACGCACGUCGACGAAAACGUGACCAAAAGUUCUCAUAAGCGAAAAAUCGCGAGGAUAUUUCGCAAGAAAAAUGAUCGAAAAGGACAAAGAGGCCAACGAGUGAAAACACCGACCUUUGGUAGCCGUAACAAGGGAAACGGAAAACUGGGACCGGGAAGAGAAAACAGCCGCCACGAUUUCAAGUUGAUAGGAAAAAAUGGAAUAAUUGACAGCCGGGUAACUGAGAACUCGAGUUUCGGAAAUGUUCCUCUUGACGAUCGUCGUAAUGGAACCACCCUAGAGGUCAUUGGCAAUGCUCACGUGAUCGAAGUUGAUGUCCCGGAUGAGAGGGGACGAACAGACAUGGUUUAUACACCACUGGAGCCACGUGAUCUGAACAACAAUAGGCGUUCUGGCAAGAAAGAUUUAUCAAAACAGUUAGGCGUUCCUGGCUGGAUUCUACAGGAAGUCUGCGCCAAUCUCAACAAUCAGAAUAAACUGAAGUCGCUACCGACGCCAAACAGAGGUUCAGUGACGUCAGUAACGGGGACCCCAGUUCUCGCCAAUACUUGUACCUCCGGUUCUGGGCAUGACAGGAGAGUGGAGCAAAUGAAAAAGUUGACGGCGGAGAAUUCACAGCUAACGUCACUACUGUCCGAGGGAAGAGUUAUAACAGAAGACAUGAAAAAAGGUUGGCUCAGGAUCGAUGAGAACAUGAACCGGGUCUUCGCCAGCAGACUGGAGGCAAAGGGAGACACUGGGGAAUGUCCUUGCGUGAAAGAAGAGCUGCAAAGCCUGAUGAACAGUCACCUAGAAAGCUUAUUACGGCUGUCUGCAGUGUUGGAAGAGGCAGAACCCGACAUUCAUGUUGGAGUUAAUCCCAACUUGAGCGCCAAACCUAUCCCAUCCCGAAAAGAAAACACCCUUGGCGUUUCCAUCAGUACGCAGACCACGGAGAGUAGUCUCCAUCCGCGCCCGCCAAAGAGACGGGUGCCUUUGCCCGACAGGAGUGGAAUUUAUGACAGCAUGUACACUGAAAUGUCACGACAAAACGGCGGGGAGAGCGAGGAUAUGUACGAAACGCUAAGAAUUGUUGAGAAGCCACAGAUCGUCGGGAAGGUUUCGCCAUUUAGGAGAGUGAGGCAGGAUGAUCAGGAUACCACUGAGAGAUCGUUGAGGUUACCGCAGAGUGAAACCUUGGUUACUGAAAGUCUACAUCAGGCAUCUCUGCCUCGAGAUACUAAUAUGUCAAUCCGCACUGAGCUUGGCGAAGGGUCAAAAGAUGUGGGCAGAGAUUCGGACCAGCACGAAACUGGUCAUGCCCCGCAGCGUCCACUCAACAGGGGCAGUGGUACCCAAGUGUCUGUACCUGAUUGUGCCCCGGAGGGUUCACUGAACCAGGGAAGUGCAAGUUUGUCCGGAAGGUCUUCAACGACUGAUUCACUCUAUGAUCGUCCACCACCACUACCGAAGGGCCGCAGGUGUAUUUCUAAAGAUGCCCAUUUUUCAAGCUAUAAUGUUGACGAUGAACCUCCCCCACUUCCCCUUGGCAGACGUGGAAGAAAGGGUAAGGGUUCCAAGAAUGCUGUAUGUAAGACCUCACCAAAUGUGCUUCCCGUCGGCCAUCCAUCCUCACUUCAGGGCGACAACAUAAACGAGAUAGUCUCUGCGGUUUGCGUGAAUAGUGCCCCAAGUGGGGCUCCCAUGAACCGUCCGUCAUCAUAUGAGGGUGAUGACAGAGUCACUCGGAUAACUGCACCAUUUCACAGAAAGACUUCAUCAAAUGUGGCUUCAAUAGGCCGACUAUCCUCCCUUCAGAGUGAUGAUGUAAACAAAAUAGUCGCUGCGGUUUGUGUGAAUGGUGGCCCGAAUGGGGUUUCUAAGAACCGUCCGUCAUCAUAUCAGGGUGAUGACAGAGUCACCCGGGUGAGGGCACCAUUUCACAGCAGGACUAAAUCUGUUGACGGUUACAGUUCCCCAACAGUUGUGCCAUCUUUGGGAUCGUUUAGGAGACAUGCAUCCGAUGGCCAGCUCUUCAAGAUCGAUUCGAAAACUAUUGAAAAUCAACAAGACAAGUUUGCAGCUGCUUCCAACAGGGCGGUUAAUGACAGUAGCCCUGAGCAUCAGUAUCUUGCUUUACUCCCGCCUUCACCACUCACGGCUGGUUCAAAUGACCUUGACAUCACAAAUGACCUUGAACUUACUGACCGUAAUUGUGAUCCUCGGGAUCCUUUAGAUAUUCCACCUCGGAGAGCGAGGGUUAAUACUCAACAUUGUUCAGAAAAACAGUCCUCUACCGUUGGGCAGCAGGGGAGUUAUUACCUUAUAGCGCCACCCGUUCGAAACGAUACUGAUAGAUUUCCAAAGAGUGAGCCUCGCUUCGAGUCAUUUAGUGACAAGCUUUUACUGAUGCCAAAGCUACAAAACACUGACAUUAUCUGUGGUGGCUCAAAUGGUGGGGACCAGAAUUGUUUGGAUAUUUUCUCGGACACUGACAUCAUGACCUUCGAUGACUGUAGCACGUGCGCUGUGGGGUUAGAAGCGGGCAUCAGUCAUGAGGAUUGGUUGGAGGAUCCUGAAGGGAAGCCUCGACAGAGAUUUAAAGGAAUGUUUGACCUGAUGGAAAGAGUUAAUUCAAAAUGGAAGGAGAUUGAGCAGAAGUACGGUUCAGAGGCGCCCAGCCAUAAGAACUUUUCUCUAGAGAUGAAAAAUAGUGCAGUUGAAAACUGCAGGGCCCUAGGAGGAUCUGUUGGGCAUGUUGAGGCAUUGAGUGCAUUUAUGAAAGUGAGUACCCGGCCUGUAGGGGUAGGCGAGAAGGAGAUAAGUACUCGGCAUACAGAGGGGGCUGUGAAGGAGGUGAAAUCCCGAACUGGAGGGGUAGGGGUGAAGGAAGUGAGUUCCCACUCUCGAGGGGUAGGCGUGAAGGAUGGGAGUUCCAAGUCCGGAGGGGUAGGUGUGGAGGAAGGAAGUUCCAAGUCUGGAGGGAUAGGGGUGAAGAGAUUGAGCUCCCAGUCUGCAGGAGCAGGUGUGAAUGAAGUGAGUUCCCAGUCUGAAGGGGUGGGUGUUAAGGAAGUGAGUUCCAAGUCUGGAAGCGGAGAGGUGAAGGAAGUGAGCUCGCGGCUUGAUGAAGGAAUGAGGGAAGUGAAAUCUCAACCUGGAGGGUUAAGGUAUUCACCUGGAGGAGGAGCUGUAAAUGAACGAAGUGAUGCCGGAUUCAAAUCAAGAAGUACCUCGGGUGAUUAUUCUUCUGAUGCUCCUAGAAUGACUGACAGUUCGCAUUCUGGAAGGGGAGGGUAUGUUGAGGUUGACCCAAGGAGAAACCUCUCUGAAAAGCUUGAUCACAAGCCAAGUCCGGGCAAAAAGAAAAAUGGCCACCAGGAUUCCGUUGUAUCCGUGGCCACUAGGGGCCAAAUGACUCCUGAAUCAUCCUCCAGGCGGCGUCGUAGUCGAAGCAGACGACGGCAAAGCUCGGACAUCCAGAGUAGCCAGGAUUCUGACUUUGCGGAUAAAUCCGAGCUGUCUUCUGAUGAAGAGGCUACCUCUUCUGGGACUAAAAGGUCAACACGGGUCAAAGUUUCCAAGCGUAAAAUGAUCAAUUCUAGCAGCUGUGAAUCUGGAAUCAAAGUUGUCGCUCCUGUGGCAAAGUGUAGGUUUGGGAGUACCGGAAAUGAUAUUGAGACGUCUGAUAUGUCUAGUAUUGAGGGAAAGGCCCCGCGGCCUCCGCGGAGAAAGUUGUCUGAGGAUUCUCUCACGAGGAAAAAAGCCCCGGAUCGGACACUAGAGCCCAAUGUCCGGCGAAUGUCAGAGGUAGUCAUUAGACGGCCGGAUAAUCCCAGCCUCACACCUGGGAUCGGGAUGGUACGGAGUAAAGGAAACUUCUGCUUAAAUAGAAUCAGUGGGGACGAAGGUGAAAGUAAAUCAAGAAGCAUCGGUCACGCUUCACAUCGCAACCAUACUCUGGGUAUGUCGGACAAAGUUGGAAAUUCAAACGAACUUCGAAAACCUGAAGGUGACAUUUCACGUGGCCUGCCUCCACGGAAUACUUCAGUUCUGAGGGCCAGUUACAGUCAGAUCAAAGAGAUUUAUGAAGGCAAGAAACGUAAAAGUUCAGUUGCUAUGGUUACAGCCAAACAGUCCGAGGUGGAUGCUGGACUUCAAAAACCGGAAGUUCUGGAGCAGAAGCAUUCGAAAGGACGCGAGGUAGGGAGUGGAAAAGAGCAGAGAUUGGUGCUAAACAAAGUAUACGAUUCAAGUGAUUUGUCUAGUGGGGACGAGAAUAAGCCUUGGUAUGAACACUCGGACGAGGAAGUGCUGAUCCUGGAUGAAUCACCCCGGAUCGUAAACAAAGACAACUCCAUAUAUGGAAUUCCCAGUGAUAUGUUGGUGACAUUCUUUUGAGGGCGAUAAUGCAAACCAUGUGCUCAUGUGAGUGAGUUGGAAUCACGGUCCUCAGUCACACCACGGAACCGCGGUCACACAGAAAUAGGUUAUGUGCACUCUUUCAUGUAGGAAGAUGAAUGGACACAAGAUUUACCCGAAUACUCUGCAUUGACUGAUCUAAGAUUGUUUCAUUAUAUCGGAGCAUGACCACCCCAGUACGUACAAUAUGCAUUAGGAAAGAACAGAUAAUUUGUGACCUAUUCUAAAGCACCUCGAUUUAUAAUUAAGUGUUCAUGCAUUAUGCACCUACAAAGCCUCGUUUUGAAUUCAGUGGUCGUGGUUAGACAACCAAAACCGCUCGUGAUGGUACAAAAUAUGGAAGCAGUUAAAAAGCAUUUAAAGAGGUCUAACCGCGAGUCAGAUGCCUCCAGUAGUGACAUCUGUAGCGAAAUUAUCAACUUAUUAUCAAAUUAUCAACUACUGUGUGACGUCACUAGUUCCACAAGGAAACUCGUUUGCAUAAUACUAUUCCCCGUAUAGGCAUGGUUUCGAAAUCUUAUCAAAGGGAUAGCAUGGAUAAAUCGAGUCAUAUGGGCCUGUCACUCUGAACCCCUGCUACGAAAUGUAGACAGCACCCAGGGGUCGGACAUUAUGUAAUAAAAAUCAGACAACAAGAUCACGGUGGUGACAUCGAAGGACAAUGCGCAUAGGAUCUGACAUUGUCGGGGGAGGGGGCUGGCUUGCAUACAUAUUUAGAAACGGUCUUAGAUCGGCGUACUAGUGUAUCUUGGGAGAAAUUGCGUAUUUCAUGGCAUGUAUGCUCUGAUCUUUUCUUUCAACCGUCCGAAGCUGAAGUAACAGUUUCGAGUAACAAUUUGAAAUAUCUCACCAUUAGCAAAUAGAAGAGUUAAAACAUUGAUGUACAAGAUUUAAAUCCUGAAGUGAUCACUU